AUGGUUCUCAACCGAGCAGAAACCGCAACGGGCACUCCGCUGCGACCACCCCCGGAAGAGAGCCAAAGGAAGCCUCCGUCAGCCAUCGCCCAGGAUCUCCUGGUGGGCAUUCCCGACGAGGUACUCACCGUGAUCAGGUCGUUGGAGAAGGAUUUCUAUAUCGAACCCAGUGUCAUGAAGCAGAUCACCGAGGAGUUCGUCUCAGAGCUGGAGAAAGGUCUGACAGUGGAAGGAGGUGAUCUUCCGAUGAAUAUUACUUGGGUCAUAGGGUGGCCCACUGGUGAGGAACAGGGCCAGUUUCUAACGCUCGACAUCGGAGGCACCAAUAUGAGGGUAUGCGGGGUUCGACUGGCUACACGACAAAACGAGAUUGAGGUCACCAGUCAAAAGUCUGCGUUGCCGGAAGAGAUCAAAAAUAGCACCGCCGAGGAGUUUUGGGACCAUGUAGCAGGCUGUGUCCAACAGUACCUCCACAAACACCACAGUGGAGGCCAAACCUCUACCAAGCUACCGCUAGCGGUCACCUUCUCCUAUCCUGUCUUCCAGUCCUCGAUCCGCAACGGGGUGCUGCAGUACUGGACUAAGGGGUUGAACGUCAGCGGCGUGGAGGGUCAGGACAUUGUGAAACAGCUGGAAGAAGCCCUCGAGAGAAAGAAACUGCCGGUCUAUAUUAUCGCUCUUGCGAACGACACCACCGGCACGCUGAUCACCUCCCGCUUCCAUGACCCUGGAAUUGAAAUUGGAAGCAUCUUCAGUACUGGCUGCAAUGCAGCGUACAUGGAAGAGGUCAAGGCGGUGCCCAAACUCAAAGACUCUGGACUCCCCGGUAACUGGCUGGUCGCCAUCAAUACUGAAUACGGUGCUUUUGACAACAAACGACUCUAUCUAGGCGAGCUGUUGCGGGUGAUCAUGCUGGACCUGCACGCAUCCGACAAGCUGUUCCGCGGCCAGGAUGUGACGCAGCUCCGGCUGUCCAACGCCAUCGACACCCGGUUCCUUUCGCAGGAAUCGAAAGACAUCAUCUCCCUGUUCCACGACAGGUUCGACAUCGAUCUGCAGCCGUACGAGCUCAAGGUUUGUCGGUACCUGGUCGAGCUGGUUGUCGCGCGUGGCGCCCGUCUCUAUGCCUGCGGUAUAGCCGGCAUCUGUAAGAAGAAGGGCAUUGAGUCCUGCCAUGUCGGCGUCGACGGGUCUGUCUUUCACAACUAUCCCCAGUUCCGCCGGCGUGCUGCCCGCGCCCUGCGCGAGAUCCUCGACUGGCCACAAGACAGCGAGGACUUGGUCGUGCUGCAGCAGGCAACGUAUGGAUCAGAAGUCGGCGCCGCGUUAAUUGCAGCCUUGACGAUGAGAACCAGCCAUUCAGAGAGGCCAGACAAGAUGCGUUUCCGAAGCCAACUGACGAAUGUGCUCACUUUCUCCAAACUCACUGCCUCUCUCGCCUCGCUGGGUAAGAUCUGUUGGAUGCGUCUGGAGGAUUCCACGGUGCGCUUCACUAUCAUCCCCGACCAGGGCACGCAAGUCUGGGCCCAAGUCCAAGUAGACACAAUCUUCGACGAGACAUCGUACAUCCUCCAGUCCAACACGGGGGUGAUCAACCUCGAAGUCCCCGUGGGUGCGCUGCACCGCGCCCUGCGCUCCGCGCUGGGCGCCACGUCCGCCCAGAUCCGGCUGACAAAGAAAGGGAACAUCCCACUGCUAGCUCUGACAAUCAACACCUCGUCGUGGACGGCGGGGCGGAACGCACUGGGCGUUGCCAACUCCGGAGUGGUCGACGGCGAGCAUGAUGGCGCUGUCUUGCCUCGAUCGGAAGCCCGCGAGCGCGAGACGGUGAUCACGCAGGAGAUCCCCGUCAAGGUGCUGCACGAGUCCGUUAUCGAGGGACUGCACGAGCCACGCUGUCCAGACCCAGACGUGCAUAUCAUCCUGCCGAGCCUGGUGCAGCUGAAGAGCAUCUCGGAGCGAUUCACCAAGCUGGCCAGCACAAAGGGCUCAUCAACCAACGCAAACACUAACAUCAACACUACCUCUUCAGAUUCGGCCGGUAACACCGUCCCGAUCCUAGGCGCCAGCUCGCCGAAACUCGAACUCUCCGCCAACAUGCACGGCUCGCUGAGGCUCGCCAUUUCCACUGACGAGUUCCGCAUCGCAAGCGAGUGGACCGGACUGGUCAACCCGCCGCUCGACCCGGCUCAGCUUUCGUCGCAGACGGAAAUCGACCAGCUGCCCAGCGAAAGGCGACGGGCCCUCGGCAACGACGAGGAGGCCGGCUGGGCGCGCGUCCGCAUCGACGGACGGGACUGGGGGCGUGUUCUCAGCGUGGGGAGGUUGAGUCCGAAAGUCGUGGCCUGCUUCAUUCAUAAUACAGCGCUGGUCCUGUAUGUCUAUCUCCCGUCCAGCUGGAGCAGCGAUGAGUCUUGUUUGACGUAUUAUAUCAAUUCCUAUGUAAUCUAG